AUGGCAGCCACUGGACGACAAGAACAAAACCGACCCGGGAAGCAUGGGCGAAAGCCUCGAUCCUGUGCACUAAUCUCUGAAUCCAUGAAACGCACCCUGUUUUAUGUAGUCGAGCCUCAAGCUACCUUCGAUGCUGUCCUUCCGUCUUAUAUGAGUCAUCCCAAGCUUGAAUAUCUUAAACGGUUUGUGAAGCAAAAUGACCCGAAGGAGGAGUAUAAAGUAUUGGCUUGCAUCGGCAGCGGUACCUAUGGGGACGUAUUCAAGGCUAUCCAUAGGAAGACAAUGGAGCCCGUGGCCGUCAAGAUAAUGAAAAUUGACCUAAAAGAUGACAUACGAUCCAUAUGCCAAGAAAUCCACACCCUCAGAGAGUGCCGACAUCCGAAUAUCGUGCAGUUCUAUGGAAGCUACUUGCGGUAG